AUGGCCGCCCUCUUCACCGGGAAGGUCCUGGUGGCCAACCGGGAGCAGGACGAGCUGGACACGGAGCGGGAGCUGUGCCGGGCGCUGGAGAACAAGGUGCUGCUGCUCUACUUCGGCUCCGGGCAGUGCCCGCGCUGCCGCCGGUUCGCUCCGCUCCUCAAGGACUUCUUCCUGCGGCUCACGGACGAAUUCUACGUGGAGCGAGCCUCGCAGCUGGUCCUGGUGUACGUGUCCCGGGAUGAGACGGAGGAGCAGCAGAGCGCGUUCCUCCGGAGCAUGCCGAAGCGCUGGCUGGCCGUCCCGUUUGGGGAUGCCUUCGGAAGGGAGCUGGAGCUGCGCUUCGCUGUAUCCGAGGUGCCAGCGGUGGUGGUGCUGAAGCCAAACGGGGAGGUGAUCGUUGGGAAUGCCGUGGAGGAGAUCCGGAGCAUGGGCCCCGCUUGCUUCCAGAACUGGCAGGAGGCGGCCGAGCUGGUGGACAGGAAUUUUCUCUUGGCAAAGGAUUUUGAUAACUGGAGCAGGAGAAGCAUCACCGACCCCAUCCGCCGCCUCAAGUACAAGCUGGACAAGAAGAUGGAGGCAAAGAGCAAGGAGAGGAAAGAGGAAGGUGAAGACUUGGCUUAG